AAUCUCGCAGAGCAGACGACGGCAAACCGCGAGGAGAGCGAAAGGGCGGCGAACGACAGCGUCGACGGCAUGGCAAUCGGUGGACGCGGGUUUUCGUCGUCGCGCGCUCGUUGAUUACUCUAGCGCUCGCGUGUGCGGUGACCGCGCGUAUCCGCGUCAAAGCUAUCGUCAUUCAUCGCCGGAGACGGGCGAUCGACGAGCGUCGCGCGAGCGUGGCAUGCGCGAGCGCGCUCGUCGGAAUAUCGACCGGCCGUGAAAUUGCUCUCUCGUCGCGAGAGCGAUCUCAGCGAAACGUCGUCGGCGGGUCCAUCGCGACUCACCGGCCGCGGCACCUGCAGUAGAAACAACGUAAUCUCAUAGUCGCUGUAAAAACGACAAUAAUAACGAUGGCAAGAUAGAGACUGAAUAUUGAUGAAUAUUGGCUGUCGCGAGGACUCACGAGAAUUCUGUACGUUAUCGUUAUCGUGCUGACACCCGAGGGAAAAAGAAGAGGAUCCUAAACGUGUGUGAUUCAUCAAUGGAGCGGGAAGAAGUGAACGGAAAUGCGGAAGGGGACGUCAACGGAGAUACGGAGGAUACGGCGUCCGCGAGCGAGCGUGGCACGCCGGAAGGAUUCGAUUCCCUCGAGGAUUCCUCGAGCGCGCCGCUCGAGAUGGAGCAAUCGGAGACUGGUCGAAAGACGAGUAUCUUCAAGUAUUACUCGUACAAGAACGCAGAUGCAAUGCCGAGUACGGCGAAGAAAACGGGACCCCUCGUCGGCGUAGUUGACGUUGGCACGCGGACUGUUCGCUUUGUGGUAUUUAAUGCGAAGCAUGUCGCGGAAAUAACUUCUCAUCAAAUCGACAUAGAACAGAUCAGUCCGCAAGAGGGAUGGAUGGAACAGGAUCCCAAAGAAAUCCUUUUUGCAGUGAAAGCCUGCAUUAAAGAUGUAGUUCGCAAAUUGGACGUGCUGGGUAUGAAGAUUGACGAAAUCGUAACAGUGGGUAUUACCAAUCAGAGAGAAACUACGUUAGUGUGGGACGCGAUUACUGGCGAUCCUCUUUAUAAUGCCAUAGUAUGGUCCGAUAUCAGAACUGACGCAAUGGUGGAUCAGAUCAUAGCGAAGUUUCCGGAUCAAAGCAAGAAUCAUCUGAAGCCUCUGUGCGGUUUGCCCGUGAGUCCAUAUUUUUCGGCUUUGAAGAUUCGUUGGUUGAAGAACAACGUGCCAGCUGUGAGGAAGGCAAUUCGUGAAAAGCGAUGCAAAGUGGGGACCAUGGAUACAUGGGUUGUGUGGAAUUUAACGGGAGGCAAAGACGGUGGCCUGUACAUCACUGACGUUACGAAUGCAUCGAGAACAAUGUUAAUGAAUAUUGAAACGCUCUCUUGGGAUCCUACGUUAUGCAGAUAUUUCGACAUUCCUAUGCAAAUGCUGCCGGAGAUCAAAAGCAGUUCUGAAAUAUAUGGCAAGAUCAUGAUCGGUCCUCUGUCUGGCAUUCCCAUAUCUGGUAUUUUAGGAAACCAACAAUCUGCUUUAGUCGGCCAAAAUUGUUUGAAGAAAGGUCAAGCGAAAAACACAUAUAGAAGCGGUUGUUUUCUGUUAUGCAACACGGGACAUACCAGAGUAUACUCUUCUCAUGGAUUGGUUACGACUGUCGCGUAUCAGUUUGGCCCAAAAAGCCCACCUGUUUACGCAUUGGAAGGUUCAAUUGCAGUCGCCGGUGCGGCUAUUAAAUGGCUGCGAGACAAUAUGAAGCUCAUAAAAGACGUUCAUGAAAGUGAACAUUUGGCUCAAAGUGUAUUUAGCACGGGAGACGUUUAUUUCGUGCCCGCUUUCACCGGAUUAUAUGCACCUUAUUGGCGAAAAGAUGCAAGAGGAAUAAUUUGUGGACUUACCGCAUUUACCACGAAACAACACAUAAUUAGGGCGUCCCUCGAAGCGGUAUGCUUUCAAACUAGAGAUAUUCUCGAGGCAAUGUAUAAAGAUUGCGGAUUUCCAUUAACGAAGUUAAACACAGACGGGAAAAUGUCAACUAAUAAUCUUCUUAUGCAAUUGCAAGCCGACUUAUGCGGUACACCAGUGUUUAGGUCAACUAUGCCUGAUAUCACUGCACUAGGCGUAGCGAGGGCUGCCGGACACGCUGAGGGAAUAGAUGUUUGGGACUUGGAAGGCGAAGAGAUAGAAACAGUACCAACUGAUACUUUUUUGCCAACCACCACACCGGAAGAGAGGGAUGCGAGAUAUAAAAAAUGGAAAAUGGCAGUGGAAAGGAGUUUAGGUUGGGCAGCAGUAAAAAUGUCUGAUCAAAUGACAGAUGAAAGAUACUGUAUGCUGGCGUCCAUUCCUGCCAGCUGGUUCUUAAUAUCGAGCUUCGUUCUACUGCGGUUAAGUCAUUACGUAGCGAACCGGUGACGGCAAGUCAACAUUAUCGACGUGCGUGUUACUCUAGACGGCAGAUAGCCCUAAUUACAGCCCAGAAGAAAGCUUAAUGAAGUGAUGUGUACAUGAUGCUUGCUUGUUCACACUAAUGUCUGUGACGGCGAGAAAUAAUAUAUUACGAAAUCAGACAGAUAAAAUUGCGUUUUUAGAUUAAACACGUUCAAUACACUUCGAUGAGCCUUAUCGGCGUCACGUAUCAUAAUCAAGAACAAAUAUACCAAUCGUUGGUCCCUGGAUUUGGAAAUUAAUAACGCAACAAGCACAAAAUAUUUUAUAUUAUACGUAUUUAUUUAUAUCAUUUUAUUUUAUUUUCCGUAAAAUAACAAUGAUUUUCUUGUGGAAUAUGAAUUUACUUGAUCCUGUGCACAUAAUUCCAUCUUUAUUAUUAUUAUUAUUUAUUGUAAAGAUAUACAAUUUUCAAUUAUUAUAUAUUAUAUAUAUUAUAAAAUACGAACCUUCAGUAUUAUUCGAGUUUUUGCAUAAUGUGAGCUUUAUCCUUUUCAUUGUUCAUGAUUCAGAAUAUUAUUCUAACCCAAGAAAUGAUGAAUCAAAUUAAAAUAAUUAUUGACAUAGACAAUGAAAUAUCAAUAAAUAUAAAGGUAGAUAUUAAAUAGGAUGUAUAUAUUAUCAUGUACACUUUGUCGGUUCCUUCUGUCAUUAUAAAUUUGUUUUUAUAAAUUCUUUCGUGCGCUUUAUGUAUAAGAUAUAAUCUCACAUGUUUCUUAUAUA